AUGGUAUCCUCUUCUAUCCCGAUGGCCCGGCUUGGGGGCAAUGCGCAGAGGCUGAAUACGACCGCUUGCGCGAUCUGGCACGACAAGAAGCUAGCAAGAGAGGUUCAUGUUUUGACCGCGUACUCCCGCCUGGAACCGCGUCUUGAAAGUCAUUCUAACGGAGUCACAAAGGCACACCAGGCAUACGAGAGCGGCAAUGGAGGGCUGGCGCAUGAACUAUCCGAGGAGGGCAAGGCACACGCUGCGAAGAUGGACCAGUACAACAAGCAAGCAUCCGACUACAUAUUCCGCGAGAACAACGCGCCAGGUCGCGUCCCGGACGAUACGAUCGAUCUACACGGGCAAUUUGUAGAGGAAGCCGAGAACAUCGUCGAGCAGAGAAUUAGAUAUGCGCAGCAGAACGGGCAGACGCAUCUGCAUGUGAUUGUGGGAAAGGGCAACCACUCUAAAGAUCAUGUUCAGAAGAUCAAGCCGAAAGUCGAACAAGUCUGCCGGGAACUGGGUCUGCAGUUCGCGACGGAGGAGAAUGCAGGGCGCAUGUAUAUCAAUCUGCAAGGGGGGCCGGCGGUGAUGCCUCCAGCGCAUUCCUACCAGCAAGGCGGACAGCAACAGCACCACGGAGGGAAUCAACAAUACAAUGGCGGAUAUCAGCAAAGCUAUGGUCAGCAACAACAGGGUGGAUAUCCUGGUGGCCCGCAACAAGGCGGAUAUCAACAGCAGGGUGGCCAAAACCAGAACAACAAUAACAACAACAAUAAUGAUGAGCUUGAGAAACUGGCCAAGAAGUUUUUGCCUAAGAUCAUUAGGAAGCUGGAGGGAUGCUGCACUGUUAUGUAA